AGAGGCGAAACGGCACCGUUUGCUGUGUCGUUGGUUCCACCAAUUUGCACUUUGCAGUUGCUUGCUUCCGUUCCAACCUCCAACCCAAUCCACUAUAUUUUAUCUAUUCUAUUCUCUUUCCCUCACCAACACAACACAUUACACACGCCAUUUCUCUCUAAGUCUUCUCUCCCCCUCACCCCACUCCUUCGCCACCCAACCCCAAACGACGCCGUCUCCACUUCUCUCAUGUAACCGCCGUUCCGGGACACAAAAACAAACUUCCGUUGUUCUCGUUCGUUUUUUUUUGUCCGGUUCGGUUUUUUUAGAUGGAUCGGGCGGCGUUGACGAUUGGACCGGCCAUGGACAUGCCGAUCAUGCACGACAGCGACCGUUACGAUCUGGUCCGCGACAUCGGGUCGGGGAAUUUCGGCGUAGCGAGGUUGAUGCAGGAUAAGCAAACCAAGGAACUCGUUGCCGUGAAGUACAUCGAAAGGGGUGAUAAGAUUGAUGAAAAUGUAAAGAGGGAAAUCAUUAAUCACAGGUCUCUCAGACAUCCUAACAUUGUUAGGUUUAAAGAGGUUAUUUUAACACCUACUCAUCUUGCUAUUGUAAUGGAAUAUGCAUCUGGAGGAGAGCUCUUUGCGAGAAUCUGCAAUGCUGGACGUUUUACUGAGGACGAGGCUCGAUUCUUCUUUCAGCAACUCAUAUCUGGAGUCAGCUAUUGCCAUGCUAUGCAAGUAUGUCAUCGGGACUUAAAGCUGGAAAACACUUUGCUGGAUGGAAGCCCGGCACCUCGUUUGAAGAUAUGCGAUUUUGGGUACUCCAAGUCUUCAGUGCUUCAUUCACAACCAAAGUCAACUGUGGGAACUCCCGCAUAUAUUGCUCCAGAAGUAUUGCUGAAACAAGAGUAUGAUGGCAAGAUUGCAGAUGUCUGGUCAUGCGGUGUGACCUUAUAUGUGAUGCUAGUGGGAGCAUAUCCUUUUGAAGAUCCUAAUGAACCAAAGGACUUCCGGAAGACAAUUCAGAGAAUUCUUAGUGUCCAGUAUUCCAUUCCAGACUGUGUUCAAAUAUCUCAAGAGUGUCGCCACCUUAUCUCAAGGAUCUUUGUUUUUGACCCAGCAGAGAGAAUCACCAUGUCUGAAAUCUGGAAUCAUGAAUGGUUUCUGAAGAAUCUCCCUGCGGACCUGAUGGAUGAGAAGAUAAUGAGUAAUCAAUUUGAAGAGCCAGACCAACCCAUGCAGAGCAUUGAUACGAUCAUGCAGAUAAUUUCAGAAGCCACCGUACCAGCAGCUGGGACCUAUACUUUUGACCAGUUUAUGGGGGAGUCAAUUUAUGACUUAGAAUCUGAAUCUGAUGCUGAAUCUGAGCUUGCUAUAGAUAGCAGUGGGGAAAUAGUGUAUGCCAUAUAAUUUGAUCUUGGCUAUACACUUGGAAAGACAACAUAUUAAAUGGAGAGCAUAUCUUAAUAUGGCAUUUUCAGCAUCAAGAGAAAUAUGUGGUGCCCUCAGUUUAUGUAGAUUAGCAUGGAUACUACAAACUUCAUGUUAAUUUAUGUAUGUAUGUUUGCAUACUUGGAGGUUCCAGCGUCCAAGCCAUUUACCUGUAUUCAGUGUUGGUCGCUGAGGGAAGAAGUGAUUGAUACCCUUUCCCCACUUCAUGGGGAAUGCUUGGUUUAUAUAUAAUAUUAUUAUAUUAUAUAUUAUUUACAUUAGCCUUUUUGUUGUUUUCCAGCUACUUAAAUUGGCUGAUGGGUGAAUCAUGUUUCAUGCCCCUGUUUUAUACACAUACUCCAUGUAUAAACAGUUCUUUUUCAUUAGGGAUAUUUGUCACAGUUGCUAGUUAAUGUAACUUUAGUACAUGUGUAUGUGUAUACUGUGAUGCGGCGGAUUCUAUUCCAGUGUAGUACCAUUUCAUCUGUUAUUCCUUAACGUUGGCA